AUGGAUUCUCCUUUGAUGGAAGCGGGUAUGGACAGCUUGAGCAGCGUGGAGUUCCGCAAUCAGGUGCGAAAUUUGGUUCCCGGCAUCAACCUUCCAGCGUCCAUGGUCUUCGACUACCCGCUGAAUGUGUUGCCGACGAUUGGCUGGCGUUACUCCAGUGUUGGUGAACUGACGAACAUCAAUCCUACGGCAAAGCAAGAAAUGCAAGUGCCUGAGACAAACAUUGGCAACUUUGUCACCGAUGUCAUGAGACAUGCCAUGAAGGCGGAUGUGGCCAUGUUGAAUAGUGGCACCCUCCGUGCGGAUUCGAUCAUCGAGAAAGGCGACAUCAAAGUGAGGGAUUUGGUGAACUUGCUUCCGAUGUUGGAUGAGCUUUGCCUGCUGCAGCUCACUGGCGCUCAGGUGCUGGAGGCCUUGGAGAAUUCCGUUUCGCAGUACCCACGCCUUGAGGGUCGUUUUGCCCAGGUCAGCGGAGUCACAUUCAGCUUUGAUGCAGCAAAGCCUGCGAAUGCAAGAAUAGAUGAGACAACCGUCAAGCAGGGUGGCCCAGGUGGCGAGCUUGGCUUAGCAGAUGGAGAGCAAGCAGGGAUCCUGCCAUCUUUGGUGCUGCGCUCAACACAACACCUCUACACGCCAGCCCUGAGAAUUUCAGGACAGACUCGGCCCAAGCGCAUGCCUAUGCCAGACUCUGGCGACGCCGUCUGGAUGAUGGAACAGCUGACGCUGGAGAAGGUGAAGUCCUUUCUGCAUGGUUUGCUGGCUCACUUGAUCAUUGUACCUGCAUGGGUGAUUCCGCCAGGAAUGCUCUUCGGCUCCCUGGUGAUGGCGGGAGCUCCCCUUGGGCUCCCUGGCAUCCUUGCAACAACAGGUGUUGGUGCCGGUCUUGUUUCCGGGCCAAAGAAGUUGCGGCCAGUCUUGUGUGGCGUGGUACUUCUCUUGGCUGCUAGAGCAAAGAAAGCUCGUGCUGUUGGCGCUGCAGCAGUGGCAUCGUUCUUGACGUGGCUGGUGACGCGAUCAGGCAAGAUUCCCCGGUUCCCCUGGCUCUUCGACUUUGUCAAUAAGUGGGCCAAGGACUAUUAUUCCUUCACAGCUUUGCGUGGUGCGCUGGACGACAUUCGUCCCAACAAGAGCUUCCUGGGCUUCCACCCUCACGGCUGCCUUUGUGCGGGCUUCACGAUCAACUGUUGCUACAAUGCGGACUUCAUUCGUGCCUGCACACGUAUCUUCUUUCUUUGUGAUCCUGCUCUAAGGUAUAAGAACCCUGGAUUUCAGCUGAUGAGCGAGGCAUAUGAAGCAGAUGAUCGUGCCAUUGAAGCGUGCGAUGCAGAAGGCUUCAAGACCCACAUGGCCACAGGUGUGAAUGUUGCCUUCAUUCCUGGUGGUUUCAUGGACGCAGUCGCCUUUGAGUUCGGAAAGGAUGUUUGUGUCCUCUCGAGCAAGAAGGGCUUCAUCAAGUAUUGCCUGCAGUUCGGCUACAGAACCCAUCCGGUUUACACCUUCGGGGAGUGCGAGACGUACUACACCUUCAAAGGACUCAAAUCCUUGCGCAUGAAGGUGGCCGCGCAAAAUGUGCCUGCACUUGCCUUCUUUGGUUGGCCGCUUGUGCCUUUCCUCCCUCGACCCCAGUCGAAAAUCAUCACUUACGUUGGUCCUGGCAUUGAUAUUCCGCACAUUCCAUCGCCGACUCAGGAAGAUGUGGAUCACUGGCACAAGGUCUAUGUUGAAGGGCUGCAGAAGCUUUUUGAUGACAACAAGGCGGAUGCAGGCUAUCCUGAUUCACAUCUGGAAAUUUUAUAA